GCGCCCUCUCAGCAGAAAAGCAAGGGUAGUGUUACGCAUAGCACCAAGUGAUCUCAUACACCGAGCAAACCAGGCGACAAGGACAACAUAUUCAAGUUUCUACGUCAAGCACCAUGAAUUCAUUUCUCUGGCUGGUGGUGGUCUUUGCUGCCGCAAGCGCGCACCGUGAUUUCCCGGUGAGGCCAUGGACGGGCAGCCAACUGGUCCGCGCACUCGGGAACGGUCACGUGUGCGAGACCAUUCCCGCCGACGCGCGCGUCAACGACACGCGCCGAGUGACGUCGGACCAGUGGCCCGAUGAUGCCUGGUGGAGCUGGUUUGAGCUGUACGGUGGGCGCUUCACCUGCUCGGACCAGGGCAUCCGGAAGGACGGCGACUGUCUGUUCACUUCGCGCGACAAGAGCCACGCCGUGUGCUUCCUGGAUUUCUCCAGGAUUCGCAUGCGUUACAGCUUGCGCGUAGCUGUGAGGAACCCGAAGCGCGGCGACGAACCCCUGGCCCUCAUCGAAGCUGGAAACGUGACUGCCUCAGCGAAAAGCGCCGAGGCCAGGCUGCAAGUGGAAAAACAUUCCGAUGGCCGUUUCCACAUUGCGGCGCUCGACCUUGGCCGUGUCAAGAUAAAGAAACUGGUCUUCAGAAAGUCUACCGCCAACUGGAACGGAAAGAAGAUUGACACGAUGGAUCCGCUGUUUCGAGACCCAAUCCGACAUGCGCUCUCUGAUCUCGCCCACGCCUUCAUCAACGGCCCUUUGCUCGACCAGUUGAAGAAAGCAUUCGACGACGCAAGGGAACAUCCUUAACAAAUGUAUCGGCCUACUUGUGACACCUUCAUUUAUGCCUUUCACUUUUGACUUUAUCGGCCGUGACGCUCUCCCUAGCGGAAGAAUAAACUCGUGAUCGACGAA